ACUUCUGCCUGUGUGUCACAUGGACUCAUGGAAUAUUUGUAAGGGUUUGAAAGUUUGGUUGUUAUUCUUGUGGAACUACUAGUAGUAUAUGAAAUGAAAUGUCUUUCUCCGUGACCAAGUGCUAAUAACAGUACGUAAAAAAGUGUCCCUGAUAUCGCAACAUACCAGUAGAACAACUGUUCGGAGACACCGGCGUAAACCUUAUAUUUGCAACAGUUUUAACGCAAACUUGAAGGAGACUGGUAUAAGGAGGGACACAUGUAAACAAUUUCACAUCAAGAAUGAUUGAUCAAAAUAAAUUAAUUGAAACUUUUGUAUCUCUGGGGCUCAGUGAGCAGAAAGCAAAGGAAACAAUAAAGAAUGAAACAAUAACGCAAAACUUGAAACAAGCAGUUGAUGAAGCAGAGAAAUUGGGUGGUGUACCAGAUGAAAGUAAAUUGCUCCUCUACCAGCUAGCUAGUAAAAUUAAAAAACAAACUGCUCACCAUAUACCCAUGAUUGUGAAUUACAUUUACUCCAGAAAAAUUGAUUCGAAUGAGAGACUUGAUGCAGCACUAGAGUAUUUACUGUCUCAUCUCAAAGAUGAAUUAAACCUGUCUUCCUUUGAAGAAGCCUGUGGCGUCGGUGUGGUCGUAACUCCAGAAGAAAUUGAAAAUUCAGUCGAAGAAAUCAUUGCUGCUCAUAAAAAUGAAUUAUUAGAAAAGAGGUAUCAGUUCAAUUUAGGAAUUAUUAUGCAAGAGGUGAGGAAACGCUUAAAAUGGGCUGACGGAAAAGCACUUAGAAAUGAAGUGGACAUUCAGAUUUUAGAUUUAUUAGGCCCUAAAACAGAAGCUGACUUGUUAAGCCACAAUAAAUCAGAUAAGAAAGUUAAAAGCGCAAAAAAGGGAAGCAAUUUGGUAAAGACGAAAGAAAUUGAGAAGACUGCUGAUGCAAAAAAUGAAAUUGAAAGUGCUUCUAUAGGAGAUAUUAUGAAAAAAUUAAAUUUCCACAAACCUGGAGAAAAUUACAAAACAGAAGGCUAUGUCAUUACACCAAACACUUUCAACAUUCUCAAAGAUCAUCUGAAGGUUACCGGUGGACAAGUGAGGACAAGGUUUCCACCAGAGCCUAAUGGAAUUUUACAUAUUGGUCACGCAAAAGCUAUCAACAUUAAUUUUGGUUAUGCUGCAGCUCACGAGGGUGUUUGCUUCUUGCGAUAUGACGACACAAAUCCAGAAAAGGAAGAGGAGAAAUUCUUUGUGGGCAUCAGAGAAAUGGUGAACUGGCUAGGAUACAAGCCAUUUCAGAUUACUCAUUCGUCCGAUUACUUUGAUCAGUUAUACAAGUGGGCAAUAGAACUUAUAAAAAAGGAUUUAGCAUAUGUUUGUCACCAGAGUUCAGAUGAGAUCAAAGGCAUUAACGCCCCACUUUCUCCGUGGAGAAAUCGGCCAGUUGAAGAAAGUCUUAAACUGUUUGAGGAUAUGCGUAAAGGAAAAAUAGAUGAGGGCAAAGCGACACUUAGAAUGAAAGUGACAUUGGAAGAAGGGAAACAAGACCCAGUCGCAUACAGAAUUAAGUUUUUGCCUCACCAUAGAACAGGAGACAAAUGGUGCAUAUAUCCGACAUACGACUACACUCACUGUUUAUGCGACUCUAUCGAAAACAUAACUCAUUCUUUAUGUACAAAAGAAUUUCAGAAUCGCCGUUCCUCGUAUUACUGGCUUUGCAAUGCGCUGGACAUUUACUGCCCUGUGCAGUGGGAAUACGGACGCUUGAAUCUGAAUUACACCGUAGUAUCCAAACGUAAAAUUGCAAAGCUAAUUGAGGAGGGUAUUGUAAACGAUUGGGACGAUCCACGUCUCUUUACUUUAACUGCACUGAGAAGACGAGGGUUCCCACCGGAAGCUAUAAACAAUUUUUGUGCUCAGGUAGGAGUUACAGGUGCGACAUCUGUAGUCGAUCCUCAGAUGCUCGAGGCAUGUGUCAGAGAUUCUUUAAAUACUACUGCUCCACGAGCUAUGGUAGUCCUGGAACCGUUGAAAGUGAAGAUCCUCAACUUUCCAUAUUCUGAGAGUACUCAAGUUAAAGUUCCCAAUUUCCCCAGUGAACCAGACCGAGGAAGCCAUUUUGUUCCAUUUGAUAAGGAAGUGUUUAUUGAGAGAAGUGACUACAGAGAAGAGGACGAGAAAGGAUACAGAAGACUGACAAAUUCUCAACCGGUCGGCCUGCGACAUGCCGGUUACGUUAUUUCUGUGGUAAGGGCCAUUAAAAAUAGUGUCGGCAAUGUAACUGAAUUGGAAGUACAGUGUCAACCUUCGACAGAAUUUAAACCGAAGGCGUUUAUUCAUUGGGUGUCGCAUCAUAUUCCUGUGCAAGUUCGUUUGUAUGACAUGCUGUUUAAACAUAAAAAUCCAGAAGACCCCAAUGAGGUGCCAGGAGGGUUCCUAUCGGACUGUAACAAAGAUUCGCUGAAGAUACUGAAUGCAUAUGCAGAUGUUUCUGUGUCAAAAGCUAGAGUUUUUGACAAAUUCCAGUUUGAGAGAUUGGGUUUCUUUUCUGUUGACCCAGAUACAAAAGAUGGUUCUUUAGUUUUUAAUAGGACUGUUAGUUUAAAGGAGGAUGCUAAUAAAUCAUAGGUACCAUUCAUCUAAAUUCAAUAAUCUUGAUGUGUUUGCAGAGUCAGUUGAAGAAGAAAUAGUGACUGUACGGUACAGAGUGAGAGGUCUUUCGGGUGGAAGCAGUAUGACAGAUACGUGGAAUGCGCGAGUGCUAAGAGUGUUUACCCUUGAGUGGAGCCUCUGUCAAGCAUAACUGGUGUGACCAGCACCAUGUGCCAUACUGACACAUUUUGCAGCAAAGUGGACUCAUUGUGAAUGUAUUUUUGUGAAUGCAUGCUGGAGAGGUUAGAGAUGUGGCCUGUUUGAGGAGAGGUGAGCUGACGUAUAGCUCCAUGGAAGAGUGGUAGAAUGAAAAGCCAGCAUAACAGAAUUGUUAGAUCAAUUAAGACAAAACCAGAAACUUCCUGUAAUCCGAAAGAUUUCAGAAAAGGAGGUGGUAAGUUUCUUUGUCCUGUGGCUGCCUUUUGAGGACUUCACAAUGGGUGUUGUGAAUUCCUCCAAAAAUGGGAGCUGGAGAAAAGAUAGCCAAUUGUGGUGAAUGAAAUUGAUCAGCAAACCCUUGACGUGUGAUCCAUAUUGGUCCUGGUCUGUUGUUAUUGUCUUCCCAUAUCUCAAGGUCUUUAAAUCAUUCACCCAUACCUUCUUUUCUGUGAUCUUCUGUAUUAAUUACAGUUGCAUAUUUUAACUGACCUACCAGUUCCACUUAAUUUCCUUUUGGUUCCACGCCGCUUCUCCAGAGUUCAUGAGUCACCUCUCCCCUCCCCUCCCCUCAAACAGGCUGCAGCCGUAACCCCUCCAGCAGGCAUGUUGAGUCCACUACAGUAUAACUUGCAGCAGUAUGGCACACGCCACUGGACACAACAGUUAUGCUUGACAAACGCUCCCGAAGAUCCGCCCAAGACCAUACCAGUUUCGCACUCACUUAGUCCCACGUAUCUGUCAUACUGCUUCCACCCGGAAGAACUUGCAUUCCGUACCAUAAAGUCAAUCCUAACACAGGUCUGCUGCAGUCACUUGGCUUAGUCCACAUAUCAGCUUGGCAAUGCUGUUGAACAAUGGUGCCAACCUUUGGGGCACAGUAAAAUCACUCAGACUUGGAACUGAUUAUUUUUGAUGAAGUGGUCUGACAUACGUACUGAAAUAAUGGAGCAGGUGAUGUUUAGAACAAGUAAUAAAGCACUGAAAAUGAAUUCUUACAUGAUUUGUAAUAAAAGACUAGCAUUGACAUAGCAGCUACUGAUGACGACGGCGACACACUCACUCACAAGUGUGUUCAAAUUCAUACCUUGUAGAAAUAUAAAAAAUAUUUAUAUGGGUUGCCUCGUGGCAUAAACUGCUUGAGAAAUUAAGCACCAGUGAUUGGGUGUGUCAUCUGUUGAUCCUAUAUGAAAGUGGAUUUUUAUGCAAAAGCACCUUCUCGUCUGUUAAAUAAAAAAUGGUUGUUAUUCAGAACAAUUAUUACAUAAAAUAAACAAUUUCUUGUAUGGUUUUUGUGAAGAGUGAAAAUGUUUUUAUAGAAACUAAAAUUCCAUUAUUCUUGAAAUUAACUGGAAAGUUAUGGAUGCAAUAACUUUUGUAGGUGUGUCACUUAUGAAUGAAGCAAUAAAAAUCAGGCAAAAUUAAUAUAAUAUAAACUUGACAUGCAUUCAGUUUUAAACUUUGCUUUUGGUAAAUUUUAUCAAUUAUCUCUCUCUCUCUCUCUCUCUCUCUCUCUCUCUCUCUCUCUCUCUCUCUCUGUGUGUGUGUGUGUGUGUGUGUGUGUGUGUGUGUGUGUGUGUGUGUGUGUUUUUUUUUUUUCUUUUCUUUUCCUUCAGGUUUCGUCCUAGCCCCAUGGUUCCCAGAAAACCAUGAUCAUUAUUUAUAAUGCCCCAGAAGUGUGAUGUAAUUUAUUUGUAAUUGUUGUCUAAUUAACAUACUGAAAUAUAUUUUUAAUAUGUGAAAUUAAAAGAUUGUAAAAGAAAA